UCAUUGCAAUUACAAUUCCUAUAAUUUGCAAUCCUUUCCAAUAUCAUCUAAACCUUCAUUUAAUUAACAAAACCAAAAUGAUGAAUAGGCAAUCUGUCUUGCCCUUCUCACUAGUACUGCUAGUUUCAUUUCUGUAUUGCACCUCCACCUUAGCCCAAUUAUCACCAGCUUCUGCCCCUCUCAAACCACCCCAACCUACCCCUACCCCACCAGCUGCGGCUCCUCAACAACCAUUGGUUCCUUCAUUGCCACAAUCACCAAGUGAUUCCACCCCUGAUAGUACUCCAACUGUUGACAUUGUUGGAAUCCUGAGAAAGGCAAAGUCAUUCAACAUCCUAAUCCGCCUCAUGAAAACCACCCAAUUGAUCAACCAACUCAAUGCACAGCUCCUCACUACUAAAUCAGGCGGCAUUACCAUUCUUGCACCCGAUGACAGUGCCUUCUCAGAACUCAAAGCAGGCUUCCUCAACUCUCUUUCUGAUGGCCAAAAGCUCGAGCUCUUACAGUUCCACGUUAUUUCAGACUACGUGUCUAGCUCCAACUUUGAUACACUGACCAACCCCGUGAGAACACUGGCAGGGGCUAAACCAGGAAAGGUGGAACUGAAUGUGAUAAGUUAUGGCGGGAGUGUGAACAUCUCGACGGGUGAAGUUAACACCACCAUCACUGGCAUUAUAUAUACCGAUAAGCAUCUUGCUAUUUAUAAGGUGGGGAAGGUGCUUCUUCCUAUGGACUUCUUUGCAGUUGCUAAGGCACCUGCAAAGGCACCCUCAUUGGCUCCAGAACCUUCAAGUGAUGCAGCAAAGGCGCCUAAAGCCGAUAAGGACAGAUCAUCUUCUUCAGAUUCGUCACGGGUUAAUCCCACUGAACAGAACUCUGGCGCCAAGGAGAUCAGUGUUUAUGGAAUGUGGGUGUCACUUGGACUUGCAUUGGUGGCAACAGCGAUGCCAACUUGAUGGAGAGGGGUGGAUUUCACAGCUAUCAAUUUCGUUCUUUAAAACACGCAUGUAUCUUUAUAUAUGUGGUUGUCUUGUUUUGGGCUUUGUAUGUGUUAGCCUAGGAAGUGUAUCUCUGAACUAUGUAAAAGGUUUGCAUGAUUGUGCUGUUUUCUGUUUUCAUAAAAUAUAUAGAGCUACGUACUAAUUCUGGCAACCUACUAUUGAAUGAACUUGUCUUUACGGAUUC